ACACACGAAAUAAACGCAAAGGAUAAAGAAUUUAUGAAAAUACCUUGGAAGCAGGAUAAUGUGGAAACAGAGGCAUCUAUAUUAAUACCGGUCCCAAGUCCAUUAGGGGGCGCCAUUGUAAUCGGUCAAGAAUCAAUAGUGUAUCAUGAUGGUCAGAGUUACGUAGCUGUUGCACCAUCACAAAUAAAGAUGACGCCAAUAAAUUGCUAUUGCCGUGUGGACGGUAAAGGCCUCCGUUACCUGCUCGGCGAUAUAGCAGGCCGCCUGUUCAUGCUGUUACUGGAGCUGCAGGAGAAGAUGGAUGGGACACAGGCGGUUAAGGAUCUGAAAGUGGAAUUGCUUGGUGAAAUUCCGAUACCAGAAUGUAUGACGUACCUAGACAAUGGUGUGGUAUUCAUCGGAUCCCGUUUGGGAGACUCUGCCCUAGUUCGGUUGUCAGCCACUCGGGACGAGUUGAGUCAAUACGUUCAGCCCAUGGAGAGCUUCACAAGCCUAGCACCUAUCGUGGACAUGUGUGUGGUUGAUCUCGAGCGACAGGGACAGAACCAACUCAUAACUUGCUCUGGUGCUUUCAAGAUGGGAUCCCUCCGUAUCAUCAGGAAUGGCAUUGGCAUCCAGGAGCAGGCGUCUAUUGACUUACCCGGCAUCAAGGGCAUGUGGCCCCUCACCCUGGCAGAGAACUCUACCUACCAUGAUACACUGGUGCUCUCCUUCGUAGGACAGACCAGAGUGUUGACAUUAAACGGCGAAGAGGUGGAGGAAACUGAUAUAAAAGGCUUCGUAUCGGACCGUCAAACAUUUUUUACUGGGAAUGUCUGUCAUGAUCAACUUAUACAAGUGACAGACGAGGGAGUACGCCUGGUGGCGCGGGGUGGUGGUGGGUGGUCGCUGGUGGCGGAAUGGCGCGUGGAGGGUGCGCGUGCGCUGUCCGUAGUGGCCUGCUCCGCCACCCGCGUCGUGGCCGCCGCAGGCCCGCGCCUACACCUGCUGGCCGUUGGCCGUGCCUCGCUGCACCUGCUCGCGGAGGUGUGCAUGGAGGAGGAGGUGGCGUGCCUGGACCUGGGCCCGGGCGACGAGCCGGCGCUGCUGGGCGUGGGGCUGUGGACCGACAUCUCCGUGCGCGUGCUGUGCCUGCCCGACCUGCGCCAACUGCACCAGGAGAAGCUCUCCGGGGAGAUCAUCCCGCGGUCGCUGCUGAUCAGCGAGCUGGAGGGCGUGUGCUACCUGCUGUGCGCGCUGGGCGACGGCUCCAUGUUCUACUUCACGCUGGACCGCGAGUCCGGCGCGCUCGCCAACCGCAAGAAGGUCACGCUCGGCACGCAGCCCACCGUGCUCAGGAGCUUCAGGUCACUAUCGACAACGAACAUCUUCGCCUGCUCAGAUAGACCGACUGUGAUCUUCUCUUCGAACCACAAGCUCGUCUUCUCCAACGUUAACCUGAAAGAAGUCACUCACAUGUGCUCACUCAACGCUCAAGCCUAUCCAGACAGCUUAGCUUUGGCCACAGACAGUACGGUUACGAUCGGCACGAUAGACGAAAUACAGAAGCUACACAUAAGAACGGUUCCCCUGGGAGAGACGCCGCGACGUAUCGCCUAUCAAGAGGCUUCACAGACGUUCGGCGUGAUCACGAUGCGCGUGGACAAGGUGGAGGGGGGUGGCGUGGCGGCAGGGCGCGCGUGCGCCUCCACAGCUGCCAACAGCUCGAGCGGCGCGCCGCCGCAGCCGCCCAAGCACGCGCCCACCGCGCUCGACCUCGAGAUACACAACCUGCUCGUGCUCGACCACCACACCUUCGAAGUUCUUCACGCACACCAACUGAUGACGAGUGAGUUCGCGAUGUCACUAGUAUCAUGCAAGCUGGGGGACGAUCCGAACCAUUACUACGCAGUUGGUACCGCUAUACUAAACCCGGAGGAAUCAGAACCCAAACAGGGCAGAAUACUACUGUUUCAUUGGUCAGAAGGUAGAUUAGUGCAAGUUGCAGAAAAAGAAAUAAAGGGCGGCUGUUAUACGCUGGUUGAAUUUAACGGGAAACUUCUCGCCUCCAUCAACAGUACAGUUCGAUUAUUCGAAUGGACGUCGGAGAAGGAGCUUCGAUUAGAGUGCAGUCAUUUUAACAAUAUCGUAGCGCUGUAUUUAAAGGUGAAGGGUGACUUCAUACUGGUCGGCGAUCUCAUGCGGUCCAUGUCAUUAUUGCAAUAUAAACAGAUGGAAGGUAGUUUUGAAGAAAUAGCGCGAGACUACAGCCCCAAUUGGAUGACAGCGGUCGAGAUACUCGACGACGACACAUUCCUCGGCGCUGAGAACAGCUUCAACCUCUUCGUUUGUCAAAAGGACAGCGCGGCGACAACGGACGAGGAGCGGCAGCAGAUGGGCUACAUGGGGCAGUUCCACAUCGGCGACAUGGUGAACGUGAUGCGGCACGGCUCGCUCGUCGCGCAGCACGCCGACACCGCCGCGCCCGUCUCCGGGCCAGUGCUGCUGGCCACCGUCAGCGGCGCCAUAUGUCUAGUCGUACAGUUGUCACAAGAGCUCUACGAAUUCCUCCACCAGCUGGAGGAGAGGCUCACGCACACGAUCAAGUCUGUGGGCAAGAUCCCGCAUUCGUUCUGGCGCUCCUUGAACACGGAUAUAAAGACCGAACCAGCCGAGGGCUUCAUCGACGGAGACCUCAUCGAGAGCUUCCUCGACCUCAGCAGAGACAUGCAGCAGGAAACUGUACAGGGUCUCCAGAUCGACGACGGCGGCGGCAUGAUGCGAGACGCGACAGUGGACGACCUCAUCAAGAUCGUGGAGGACCUCACCAGGAUACACUAG